ACACACACACACUUUAGUUUUUCUCUCAUCCUCUUCCACCUGUUCCGUUCUCACACUCGCACACUGAUGCCUCAGAGACUCAUUUAGACUAUUAUUGAUUGAUUAUAUUAUUUUAGAGGAAUACGCAUCCGUGUAUCACUGGCACGCUUGUGGAAUGCGCGCGACUGACGGAACGCCUACUGAAAAAAACUUAUCGGACUGUAAGUGUGAUGAAGAGAGUCAUUUUGUGGACGAUACACUCGAGUAAAGAUCUGUUUUUCACCACAAAUUGAAGUAAACAUAUUUUUAACACGGCGGGAUUUAUUUAAGCAAACGGAGGACACGGUUUUAAGCGCGUUUAGCGCUGACGUGUACGGUGUUUUAUGUGUUGUUUAGUUUUUAUUGGUAUUUAUUAAUAUAGGCCUACAGUCGGCUAUUUAUAUUUUAAAAUUAAAUCAGUACAAAAAAUAGCCUAUUAUUUCUCACCGUUUUGUAGGCUAUGUUGUUUAUUUUAACGGCUGCAGACUCAGCAUGUGGAAUAAUGCACCUUUAAAACUCAUCAUAUAGGAGCAUAUAUAUAGGCCUAUUCAUGUUGUGACUGAACAAGAGUGCAGUUGGAUAUGGCGAACACUCUGGAGAGAGAGAUCCUGGAGCGGGAGCUUCGUCCACGGCUGUGUUAUUUGACCAAAGGGGAUCGUGGGUACGGGUUUCAUCUGCACGGGGAGCGCAACAGUGGAGCGCAGUUCAUCCGCAAGAUCGAGCCGGGCUCCCCGUCAGACCUGUCCGGGCUCCGGUCCGGCGAUCGGGUGGUGGAGGUGAACGGGGUGAACGUGGAGGAAGAGACGCAUCACCAGGUUGUCGAGCGGAUCCUGGAGGUGGAGCACCGCACCAGACUGCUGGUGGUGGACCGGGUCACCGACGAGUUCCUGAAGUUCCACGGGCUACCGUGUACGGAGGAGAGGGCGAUUGAGAUGGGCUCUCUGUCUGCUCGUUCCUCUGCGGCGUCUUCUCCGCGCGCCUCCCCGCGGGACCCCGCCACGCCUAUCUACAGCAGACACAGCUCAGAGGGCAUCUUCAUCAACAAGAGUCCCAGCAGCCCUGGAAGAGUGAUGAACGGCUCCCCGCUCUACAGAGCUUGUGCCCGUCUGGCGUCCCCCCGUGAACCCAAGACUGAACCCUUCACCGAACUCACUGUCGAAUCCAGCACCACGCCCGAGCCUGACCCCGUCUGUGACCUCAUCACUGACCUCAGCACAUCGCAGACCAGCACGCAGGAGGAGGCAUUAUCGGAGGUGGACGCGGUAACGAAAGACCUGCGUCCUCGACUGUGUCACAUGACCCUGGGCGAGCAGGGCUACGGCUUCAACCUGCACUGCAAAAAGUCCCACCCGGGUCAGCACAUCCGCUCGGUGGACCCCGACUCUCCAGCGGAGCGCGCGGGACUGAGGCCGAGAGACCGGCUCAUCGAGGUGAACGGCUGCAGCAUUGAGGGUCUGCGUCACGCUGAGGUGGUGGCGCUGGUCAAGGCCGGCGGGACAGAGACGCGUCUGCUGGUGGUCGAUCCGGACACAGAUGAGCUCUUCAGUCGCCUGGGCAUCGUGCCCACAUCUACUCAUCUCAAAGAGGACUGUGUGGACGGGCCGAUCAUGGAAGGCACAGAAAGCCCUGUAUCUGACAACCCCGGGAUCUCUCCGCCAAUCGUCAACAUCACACUGACAGAUCCACCAAUCACAGACGGCUCUCCGAGACACCAGAGUCACAGGAGCUCCUCGUCUCGCUCCACUCUCUCCGAGACCAGCGCCGAACUCAGCAGCUUCGACAACAGCAACAGGCUCACAGAUUCUGACCAUCAGUCCAGCGAUGACGCCCGCAAACCAAACCGAGAUGCCAAAUCUGAUCCGUUCUGGCAGAGCGGUCUGCAACUGAGCCUGACCGCGGCCGAGGCCAAGCAGAAAGCCCGGGCCAAGCGGGCCAACAAGAGAGCGCCCCCUAUGGACUGGAGCAAGAAACAGGAAAUCUUCAGCAACUUCUGAGGAGCGCACACACCUGAAACCUCAGAGCAAAGACAUGCAUCUCGGAUUAGAUCCACUUCCUGAAAGGACUGACAUCAUGCUGUGUGUUUAACUGAGCUUCAUUUGGCAUUUUGUGGCUAGUAAGUGUUUAACUGACAUUGAGUCACUCAGACCGCCAACGCAAUUCUACUGGUCAGUAGUUUCCACAUUGACAAAAUGGGUGAGAAAACGUAGUUACAAGGCAGAAACGGGAAGAAGAAAAGGCAGUGUGAAAAGAAAGUAUCAUUGUGAUAGUGAAAGUGAACAAAAGAUGGGAUCCCUAACUCUAACAUGAACAUCGAGCUGGGAAGCCGAAGGUUGCUGGUUCAAGCCCCUGAAGAAAAAGCUAUAAUCUAGCGCCAUCAGCGAAUGUGUACAGUAAGUGUGUUUUGAAAGGAUGAUGAGAAGAAAUAACAGUAGACGAGAGAAGGUUCAGUCAGAGAUCUUCACACUAGACUUCAGUAAACACUUGUGACUAGGAGAUCUGAAUUGAGUUCAUCUAUUUGCUAAAACCUAAAAAAGGAAAAAGAAAAAAGAACAUUAUUAACAGACAAAAUCUUUUUUCUUGAGGAAACAGAUCCAAAAAUAUCAAUGACAAUCAGGAGCUUUAAAAUAAUAAUAAUAAUAAUAAUAAUAAAUAAGCUCCUCCAACACUAAACUAAUAUUUAUUUGUUUGUUUUCUUGUUUUUUUUCCCCCUCAGAAAUGCUGGUUUUAUUUUUCCAUGUGAUACUGAUGGUUUAUUAUAUUAUCACUCCAGAGUAUUUACCUUUAUAAACCAUAAAUUAGCUUGUAUACAUUAAUAUUAACCAGGCUGUUUGAGCGGUGAACUUCUGUUGUUUGUUUUUUACCUCAAUCUACACGGAUUUCACAAUCAAAAGUGAAACAAUGGCUUUUCUGAAAACUGAAAGUAAUGCAACUGAUUACUGGGGGGGAGUCCUUAUAUUUUGAUCUGAGGGCAUGUAUUAAUGUGAUAUUAAGUCGAUUUUGUUUCUUGUUAAUGUAUAUAAAUUGUUCUCAUCUGAUGUAUGUCAAUUUUCACACACUUAUAAACAAAAAUAAACGGAGUAUUUUA